AAAUAUGCAUAAAAUGAGAUGAAGGAAGUAAGUUAAAAAAUAUCCAAAUCGUACGUGCAACAAAAAUUCUAACUUCAUCUCGCUGCUUCAUCUCAUUAGGGUGCAAGCCCUUAAUAUUAUAGUCGUCACUGCUCAUUUCAUUUGACUGCAAAACCCUAAUCCUCCGGUGGCGGCAGCAAUGAAGGAUAAGAAAUUAAUAGCCCUAGGUUUCGAGGGUUCCGCCAACAAAAUCGGCGUAGGAGUAGUAGCAAUCGACGGCUCUAUUCUCUCCAAUCCACGUCACACCUACAUAACCCCUCCAGGCCAAGGUUUUCUCCCCCGUGAAACCGCUCAGCACCACCACCAAUACAUCUUACCGUUAGUCAAAUCCGCCCUAGAUACCGCCGGAGUAUCACCGGACGAAAUCGACUGUCUCUGCUACACUAAAGGUCCCGGGAUGGGGGCCCCCCUCCAGGUUUCCGCUGUGGUUGUGCGGGUUCUGUCUCAGAUGUGGAAGAAACCUAUUAUUGGAGUUAACCAUUGUGUUGCGCAUAUUGAAAUGGGUCGGGCCGUGACCGGGGCAGUUGACCCGGUUGUGUUGUACGUUAGUGGUGGAAAUACGCAGGUUAUUGCGUAUAGUGAAGGACGGUAUAGGAUUUUUGGGGAGACCAUUGAUAUUGCUGUGGGGAAUUGUUUGGAUAGGUUUGCUAGGGUUCUUACAUUGUCUAAUGAUCCUAGCCCUGGGUACAACAUUGAACAGCUUGCGAAGAAAGGGGACAAGUUUAUUGAAUUACCUUACGUUGUGAAGGGAAUGGACGUUUCGUUUAGUGGGAUAUUGAGCUACAUUGAAGCUACAACUGAGGAGAAGCUGAAGAGUAACGAGUGUACGCCGGCCGAUCUUUGUUUUUCUUUGCAGGAAACUCUGUUUGCGAUGCUUGUAGAGAUAACGGAAAGAGCUAUGGCGCAUUGUGAUAAGAAAGAUGUGUUGAUUGUUGGUGGUGUUGGAUGUAAUGAGCGGUUGCAACAGAUGAUGCAAAUUAUGUGUUCUGAGAGGGAUGGCAAGUUGUUUGCGACUGAUGAUAGGUAUUGUGUUGACAAUGGAGCAAUGAUUGCUUAUACUGGUCUCCUAGAGUACGCGAAUGGCGCAUCAACUCCCAUGGAGGAAUCAACAUUCACACAACGGUUUAGAACCGAUGAAGUCCUCGCAACUUGGAGAGAGAAGGAAUCAGUAAUAGCAUGAAUGAAUGACCUUGGUGUCUUCAGUUUGUUGCACUUUCAGGACAACCUGUGUGAAUGUAUUGUACUAUGUUUAUCGGCCCAUAGUGGCUUCAUAAUGUGUCAACUGUAACGCUUACAAGAACAAUUUUUAUGUACUAGAUACGCAGGAUGUGAUCUAGAUAGAAAGGUGGGGUCUACUAAGUAGUUGAGUGUUAAACUCACUCUAUGCGGGAGUGAUAGGGACCGUUUAGUAGUUGCUUUGUCUCUUAUUAUGUAAUGUGUACCAUUAUCAGUUGCGUCAUUUGCUUUGUAUGCUAUUUAUGUCUUUCUUUUUUUUUUU